AUGUCGGACGCCGAGUCACUUGGUGCUUCGUCCGCCAGCCUCAAGCAUGCCUCGACUCAAUCGACGAUACAUUUCGACUCGACAACAAUUUUCGAUACCCCACUACGGAAGCCUUUGAGGAUAAAUCCGUUCAAAGCCGUCUUUAAUGUAUCAGUGGCAUUCGGUCUCAUUGGGGCACUUAUCGCAGGUUAUGUGAUAGGGCUAAGGAUUUUUGAUCUUGGUGUUACAUCCAUUGGUUUAUACGGGACGAUACUACUUUCCGAAUACUUUGUCCAGCUCGCCUGCGCUGUAUACAACCGCUUUGAUGUGAAUCGAAUUUCGAACCGGACGAAGGAAACAUUGGUGCGCGAUCCGGAGAAAGGAGUCGAAUCCGUAUCUGGCCUCUGCAACCCCGGUAGUGAGGUAUCAAUCGCUGUUGUCGGCUACCGCGAGGACGAGCAAGCAUGGCGGCAAUGCCUCCGCAGCGUUCAAACGCAGACACUCAAGCCUAAAUGCAUCAUCGGUGUGGUUGAUGGCAACGAAGAGCCAGAUUUGAACAUGGCAGAAGCCUUCGUUAGCGAGUUGGAACCACUCAACGCACCGCUGCUACACCUACCCGUAUUGCUAUCUAGCAUACACCGCGAUACCUACCUCAAGAACAUCCCCGUCGACAGGAGAUCCUUCAUUGUCAAAGCCGGGCAUACGCUCACCGGUCGUAGUCGUCCCGGUCAUCGGCUGGCACUAUCUCAUGCCAGAGAUGCUGUCAUGAAGCAAGUUGCCGAAUGGGAUACCAAGUGGAACAUUAGCAGCCUUGAAGCAGUUUGCUUCAGUCAACCCCAUGGUCAUAAACGAACAGCCAUGUUCACGGCUUUCGCGAUGAGUCUGUACGCCUUGCGUACGAGAGAUGCCAUAUUUACUACGGAUUCCGAUACCAUARUCCAGAGUAACGGCAUCGACGAGAUGCUCACACUCCUCCGAUCUUCCCCCGAGAUUGGCGGAGUGACUGCAGAUGUCAAAAUCUGGAACCGCGCCGAGGGACUACUUACCCGGCUUUGUGCAGCGCGGUACUGGUUUGCCUUCAACAUUGAGCGAGCAUGCCAAUCCACAUGGCGCUGCGUGGGUUGUCUUUCAGGCCCUAUGAGCAUGUACCGUUCUUCCGAUCUAGAGACGAUCCUCGGUCCCUGGAAUUUACAGACAUUCGGCGGCAAGGAGACCACAUUUGGCGAUGACCGUCAUUUGACAAACCAGCUGUUGGCUCAUGGGUUGAAGACACGCUAUACCCACCGUACGUGGUGCGACAGCGAGUCUCCGACAACGUUCGUGCGUUGGGUCGCUCAGCAGACAAGAUGGAGCAAAAGUUUCUUCAGAGAGGCAUUUUGGUUCCCCGCUAGCUUUGCCUACCAGUCUCCUUGGAUGCUGCUAGAGAUGACCAUCCAGACACUCUAUCCAUUCAUUCUGGUAGCGACUGUAUUCCACAUGCUGUUCGACACUUCGGAUCUGAGCAAAUGGCGCCCGUUGAUCUGGCUUGUCACAAUGUUCGGCAUCGCACUUUUCAAAUCCAUCAUGGCGCUUCUUAUCUGUCAGGACCCGUGGCUGCUCCUCUUCGCUUGCUACGGUGUGAUUUACUUCUUUGGACUGCUACCAUCCAAGAUCUGGGCCUUGUUCACCAUGAAUCAGACAGGCUGGGGGACCUCGGCGCGCUCUUCUACGGAGCGGAAGCGUGGCCAAUCCUUUUUGCAGCGCUCAUUCCACGUCGGCCAUCUGGUUGUUUGGUACACUGCGAUAUUCGUCGGCGUUGGCUUCUUUGUCUACAGGCUGUUUGACAACGCCCUCAUGUUCCUCAUUGGUAUUUUUGCUCUACUAAUAUCAGUGCUCCUUUACUGGGAUAGCUCCGUGUUUGGCGUGUACAAGGAGAAAGUGGUGGGGUGGCUGAGGAGGAAGAAGUCUGUCUCCGAAGACAAUUCUGCACCUUUUGUGGCCGAUGAAUCAAAGCUUCCCAAAAAGCCUCAACCGAGCUUGAAGUCCUCCAACAACAAGGACCAGCUCACCAGCGUUGAUGUCGAGGUCACUCCAUCUGUUGGAGAUACGAUAGCCGGAGUCAGGUACCCUGCGAAAGCUGCUUGUCCUCCGUGA